CUCACCACCGGUCUCGCUGCAAGUCCCAGCCACCAGGAUAUCUGCAAAUGUAAACUAACAUGAGUCGUUUUGUAAAUAGGUAGUUUCUACCCUGAGGAGACUAUAAACGUCGUGUUUCUUCAUUGGACAAUCUUUCCUUUUCUACCUGGCGCUUGUUUCAUCCGCAAGCCUGCCGUGGAGCGGUUGUCACGCAGGCCGCGAAAAGGGUCUUGUUGCUGGGAGGGGACCAUUCAGACUCGCCUCCCUCGCAGUUAGCAUUAUUAGCUGGCUAUGAUGCGUCGCUGCUGCUGGUGUAUUUUCUACACUGCAGGCCACUGUAAAGCGAGGCAGGUCCUUGGUUGAUUGUUUACCCUGAAGAAACUGAAGGGUGACUUGGAAACACACCACACCUUUAAGGAUGGAUGUUGAUUUGUGUGCUGGCGGGGACAGUACCAGGAGAAAAGUGGAUUUGACCGGCGCUGCAGAGGGAACAAUGGACGUCGUGCCAUUGGAGAUGUAUGACUCUGCCAGGGCAAAAAUAGCUGCCAACCUGCGAUGGCUGUUUGCCAAAGCCUAUGGAAUUGACCAUAUUCCAGAGGACUUAAGGGACCCGUUCUACACGGACCAGUACAACCAGGAACACAUAAAGCCUCCUGUCAUCCGCCUGCUGCUGUCUUGUGAGCUCUACUGUCGUGUCUGUGCCCUCAUCCUCAAGACAGAGCAGGCGGCCUCCCUUCAGUCCCACCUGUCCGUCAUCCAGGCUCUCUCCAGGAAGGGCAUUUAUGUCGUUGAAAGUGACGAUACACCGGUCACAGAUGAGGACCUGGCUGGUGUACCAAUCAAAAUGAGUGCGCACAUGCCCAUGAUCGAUGCCCUGAUGAUGGCUUACACCGUGGAAAUGAUCAGCAUUGAGAAAGUGGUGGCUUCUGUCAAACGCUUCUCCACCUUCAGUGCCUCUAAGGAGCUGCCCUUUGACCUUGAAGAUGCUAUGGUCUUCUGGAUCAACAAGGUGAACAUGAAGAUGAGGGAGAUGACAGAAAGGGAGCACAAAGUCAAGCAUCACCCUCUGGAGUCCCCCAGCCACCAAAAGUCUCCCUCCAAAUGGUAUUGGAAGCUUGUCCCUGUGCGGUAUCGUAGGGAGCACGCAUCAGGCCGACAGCUGCCCUUCUUCCCAAUGCUGGAAGACCUAAUGAGGGAUGUUUGUGAUGGAGCUGCAAUGCUCACUGUUGUACACUACUACUGCCCAGACCUCAUGAAGCUGGAAGACAUUUGCCUAAAGGAAGUGCCCUCCAUCGCUGAUAGCCUGUACAACAUCCAGCUCCUCAGAGAGUUUGCCAAUGAGUAUCUGAAUAAAAGUUUCUAUCUGACGACGGAGGACAUGCUGUACUCUCCACUGGUGCUCAAGCACAACGUGAUGGUGUUCAUCGCUGAACUCUUCUGGUGGUUUGAGACGGUCAAGCCAGAGUUUGUCCAGCCCAGAGAUGUCCAGGAGUUCAAAGAUGCCCGAGCUAUAGCUCAGCCCAAGAGUGCCCGUCCAUCAGUGCCUAUCUCCAACGCCACCAAGCGCAGCUUCCUGUCCAGCCCUGGAGUGGCAGAAAACCAGAGCAGCCCUGAAGUCUGUAACAGGUACUUCCUGCACCCUGAAGAAACUGACCCCCUUAAAGGAGGUCCGACCUUCAGCCCUUCACACCCACUUCUGCCCCUCAGACAGAGGCAGCAAAAGCAGCAUGGAGAGGAUGGUGCAGGUAUCAGAAACCGCUCCAACUCCCUGACUCAGAUGGAUGGACAAGCCCGAGGUUCUGUUGCUGCAUGGCCUGACAAGAGACAAAGACCACUGUCCACAAUGAGCCCCUUCCUGUUGCACUCAGCGGUAGACAGCGAUGCGGACGUGGCUUCUGGAGACAGUGUGAGCCUGGCUCGCACAAUCAGUAAGGACAGCCUGGCGUCCAAUGUCGUCUCUGUCACACCAAAACACCACACCCCAGCCCUCCAGCCUCAGCAGGGUGUGGCGCGAAGAGUCAAUGGCCAUGGCCUUCAGGAAAAUGUCAACACUGAGGACGAGGAGGAAACUCUGGUGGCAGUUGCAAGGACUGAGAGUCCUGUCAUCCCCAAAAGGGUUGAUGGGACUCGAGCAACUGUUCCUGUGGGACCUAAAGCUUCCACAGAGUCCAAACCUGCAACAGAUAGCUUUUACCUAGAACCACUGAUGCCUGCCGUGCUCAAGACAGCCAAAGAGAAGUCUGUAUGUCCGAAUAAGGAGGAGGAGAGUGGUGAGGGGCCUCGCUCUUUAGGAAGAGGCUCUUUACGCCGAGGAGAUGGAUCUACAUCGGCUGUUCGAAGGAAAGCUCCUAGCAACCUGAACCAAACCUUUCCCCCGCCUGGUGAGGAGGAAGGUCUGUCAGAGGAGCUUCCACAGGGUCAGGAAAGUAUCAGGCCCAGUGCUAGCAGCAGUGUGGACUCAUCGUCCAGAGAGCCUGCAGGAGGUUUCUACCUUCAUUCAGAUUCUGAAGAACCAAAGGGGGGUCCAGGCGCAGGCACAGAUGCUGAGCUGGAAGACUUAGAUGAAGAGGAAGAGGACCUAGAUGAAGCUGUUACAACUAAAGACCCUAACUGGCACAGGAAAGCUUUUAAUGAGGAUGAAGAAGAAGAAUCAGCUAAGCUUCAAGAGGACAUGAAUGUGAAAGAGCAUGAGGACAAAGAUGGAGGCAGCGGGCGCUCCAGCCCUUGUCUCAGCGGAUACUCUCAGGCCAGCAGCAUGGCAAGUGGCAGCGUACGCAUGACCUCCUUUGCUGAGCGUAAAGCCCAGCAGCAGCGCUUUGGCAGCAACCAUGACCUACGCUCCAGUGCUUCCAGCUCCCAGAGAACUACACCGGAUGGAUCAGAGAGCAGCGGGCCCCUGGCGUCCUCCUGGAGGCUGAAAAGAGACCAGAGCCCCUCUUCACCUUUGGGAGGAUUUGCUCGAUCAGGCGAUGGUGUUGGUGGUGCUAAUGUCCUGGCUUCCGAACUUGUUCAGCUCCGAAUGCAGUUGGAGGAGAAGCGACGUGCCAUUGAGCACCAGAAGAAGAAGAUGGAGGUGCUGUCUGCCAGGCAGAGGCAGAAACUAGGGAAGGCUGCCUUCCUGCACAUUGUGAAGAAAGGUGGAAGCAAGAGUGACACUUUGCCCAAUCCUCUUAAAGCUGACAUCUCAAAAGACGAACUUGGUGGGGAGAAAGAACCACUCAGUAAAGAUGAUAUGUGUGUCGAUGCCCUGAGGGGGGACAAAGAGGUGGAUGGGACCACUCCACCAGGUGCCUUAGAAGUAGACAAAAAAGGGAACAAUGGAAGCUUCUAUCUGGAUGAAGAGUUGGACCUGAAUGAAUGCAGCCGCUCAAUUGAGCUGCUGAAUGAUGCCAUAGGCAGUAUCCAGCAGCAGAUGAUGCAGCUGUCACUGCAGCAAGAGAUGUUGAUGAAACAGAAUGUACAGUCCCCCCCUGGUGCAGCUCCACCUGCUCUUACCAGCGACAAAAACAAUGACUCCAAGGCUGGGGCUGGCUUCCACUAUGUGGAACACCUCCCUGGCACAGGCACAGCCCCCACCAGGAAACCCCCCAAGUUGAGCUCAGGCCGGAGCUCCAGGUCCAAACCAUCAGAGCUAAAAACAGCAAAGGAGCAGAGCCGGCAGUCCUCCAGGACCCUCACCCCCAUCCAGAGUGGGUCAGACACAGUACCACAUGCUAGGCAGUCAGCUGGGGGCAGGUCCCCCAGGACAGAGCAGCCUGACAGCUCAAGAGCUAUCACAGCAGAGACAAUCGACAGACCGGGCUCUGGCCACGUUCGGACCGCCACUUUCCGGCUUCGCGAUGAGGCAAACAUGCGCCUGCCAACCCGAGUGGACCUUAUGGCACUGGCUUCCCAAGAAGUGUCUUUUGACGAGUGCCUGUCCAGCACACACAGAGAGUCUGAGCUCAACUCUUCAGAUAGUUCAGGGAAAGAGAAUAUUCCAUCAGAGGAGAUGCAGCGCAGCAAAUCCCAUCUGAUAGAGGUCGACCUGUCAGAGCUGAAGGCGCCAGAGGAAGAGGAAGCUGCUGAGGAUGGAACGACGGAUGGAGAUGAUAGAGAGCAGAAGUCGGUCAUGGGCUUCUUCUUCAAGGAUGAGCAGAAGGCAGAGGAUGAACUGGCUAAGAAGAGAGCAGCCUUCUUGCUGAAGCAGCAGAAAAAAGCUGAAGAAGCUCGAGUCCGUAAACAGCAACUUGAAGCAGAGUCGGAGCUCAAACGAGAUGAGGCCAGGCGAAAGGCUGAAGAGGAUCGUCUGCGUAAAGAGGAGGAGAAGACGCGGCGGGAACUGAUAAAGCAGGAGUAUCUGCGCAGGAAGCAGCAGGAGAUGUUUGAAGAACAAGGCCUGGUCAAGCCCAAAACCCCCAAACCGAAGCAGAAACACAGACCUAAGUCUGUCUUCAGAGAGGAAUCCUCUGGCGAUAGUUUCUCUAAGUGCUCUUCUACACCUGACAACCUGACCAACGCCCAGUCAGGCUCCAGUCUGUCCCUGGCCUCUGCAGCGACCAAUGAAGCUGACAGCGUCAACUCUGGAGGGGCUGGAUCCCAGCGCUGUGACUCUGUGGAGUCAUUUCCAGGCAGCCGUAACAACAGUCGCACUGCUGAGAGAGACUGGGACAACGGCUCCACUGCGUCCUCCAUUACUUCAAUGGCUGAAUACACUGGUCCCAAACUAUUCAAGGAGCCCAGUGCCAAGUCCAAUAAGUCAAUCAUCCACAACGCAAUCUCCCACUGCUGCCUGGCUGGCAAAGUCAAUGAGCCCCAGAAGAACCAGAUCCUUGAGGAGUUGGAGAAGUGCGAAUCCAACCACAUGAUGAUACUGUUUCGUGACGGUGGCUGCCAGUUCCGGGCACUCUACUCAUACUUCCCUGACACAGAGGAGAUCCAGAAGCUGACGGGGACAGGACCCAAGAGCAUCAGCAAGAAGAUGAUCGACAAGCUAUACAAGUACAGCUCGGACCGAAAGCAGUUCACCGUCAUCCCUGCCAAGACUGUGUCGGUUAGUGUGGACGCUCUGACCAUCCACAACCACCUGUGGCAGGCCAAGAAGAGUGCAGUGCCAAAGAAAAGUGGAAAAUAGCAGGAGGCUGGAUUUAAACCCUCUUAUCAUCCACAUCAUAUUCUCCUCAUCUCGCUUAUUUCCUGAACAGACUGCAUUUAUGCCCACAGAAAAGCUCAACGCCAUGUUUGGACACGUGGUCACCAGAAGGGUUGACCAAGGUGAGAAACAAGGGAAAGGUAUGCGUGUUUGUGUCUGUGUGUGGUGGAGGGAAUGGUGCUUGCAACUAAAAGGAAUGCUGGCUGAAUUUGUUCCAUCUUCCUGUGAUCUGUGCAGGUUGUUUUCUGUCCUGCUCAGUUUAUUUUCAAUGACCACAACUCAAGCAUGUGGCAUUUUUUUCCUCUCAUGUGGUGGAUGUUAAUUUUUUACAUGAAGUAUUUAUUAGUUCAGCACUGUCAUGGUUGAGAGCUCAGCUGCAGCACUAAACUUCCCCUCUUAACAGAAACUCCUCUCCUUCAUCUGAUUAAUUGGGAAUAAAGCAGGGGGAGCUCUUUGAGGAUUUCUAUUGCUCUUAUCAGAACAAUCUGAAAAACAAGGGACCUUUGUACAUCCCUUUAGGACUGUCAGACUCCUCUGUGGUCCCGACAAACACAACAAUCUUCUUCCUGGACUGUCAAAUCAGGCUGGCAUUACCGAGUUUGCCUCACCAGGGAUCUCUAAAACAACCUGCUGCUCUGAACUGUCUUCUUUUGUCACAGGGAGGUUCAUCAGGUCUCCCUCAGACAUCUGUUGGCCUUUCACGCAUUGUGGUACUAUUGUCUAUUUAUUCAACUGCUUUUUAAACGCUGAUCGUGUAGCACUGGAUAUGUGUAUAGCAGAAAAAUCAAACAAAAAAAUCUGACGGUUAUUUUAAUGGCUCUUAUUUGUGGAAACAUCCUUUUUCUUGAGGGUGCUAAAAGAGGGGCAAUGAUAGGUUUUGGUACAAAAAUGAUGCUUUUUUUUGGUUUUCUUUUAGAGUUUUUUUUUAUUUUUUAUGAUUAAAGCAAUGUGAUAGAGUUUGAGCUGAUGUUAUGUGUUUUCAUCAUAACAAGAUUUCUCUGAUGUUUAGAGCUUAGCUGUGUUUUCUCUCCACUGGGCACUCUUGAAUUGUCCUGUAUAAAGGUGCACUCAUGAACACUUGUCGACGGCUUCUGUCAUGCAAUGUAAACCCCCUCCUUCCUCCUUCUUUCCCCUCCCUGAGUGUUUUGUCAGCCUGUCCUAUCUUUAACCAAGUGAGCAGCAAACACACAGACACUCUUGUGAGGAGUGUGUCUGUGCUGCCGCUCUGAACCCAGUCCAAAUGACAGUAUUUGAUAUAUUCACAAAGGGGGUUUUCUGUGUAUGGUUCAGUUAUGUUCCAACAUUAAAGAACAUUCCUCCAAGGUGUUGACAAACACUGCCACAGCGUCUCUCUCUUCUCUCUGUCUUUUCAAAGUGCUUUUUAAAAACCGUUUCUUGGCCUCGAGAACAACCAGAAGUGUUGCACGAGCACUUUACUUUCUGUUUGUUUGGGAUUUUUAACCUUCUUGAACGGGCAUCAAACUAAUCAGUAACACUGCUGUUGUGCACUCCGUAAAGUCUGGAAACAAAAAACCAAACGCUAAGAUUUCAAACUGAUAUGUAAAGGCAAAAAGGCUUCCACUGAUAUGAUACUACUGCUGUCUCCAAAAACAAACAGAAUACUUGAUUUCUCAUGUGCUGCAUUUUGACUUGUUUUUGGGACGGGCUUUGGUUGGCAGAUCUACAAUUGUAUGUGAGUGUAUUUCUAUGUUUACUAAAAGAUUGUAUCGGCAUUUGGUCACCACUUUUGUUACACUAGUGUACUUUUCAUCCUUGUUGAGUUUUAACUUUGAUCCCAUGCCAUCUAUUUAUUUUAAAAAUGGAAGCACUGAAACGUAAUAAAUUUACAAGUGAAUAAAAGUCACAUUUUUCAUUUCAUUCUUUUCUCACAGCUUCAUUUGUCCAUUUAUAUCACUGUUUGAUUUGUUUUAGACACAACACUGAGUUUUCUACUCGUGCAACAGCUCACUGACAUUUUUUCUUUCAUUUUCCACAUUUCUUUAUCACAAGAUGAUGCUUUUCACAGGAUUAUUUUACUCUACUGUCCAUUCAUGACUUAAUCUUCUCAAAGUAAACAUAUCAGCCUUUAUGAAUCUUAAGUUUCUAAUUUAAGUGAUCCGGCAGUCAAAAAUUCUUCAGGCCUCCCUGGGUGCCUUUAUCUCACACUCUACCACCCAACUGGAACAGCGUCUUCUGCGCCUGAAUGCCAACACUGAUAACCAUGACAAACUCUGUUCUGCCAUGACAACAGUGUUUUCUUUCACACCUGCUAGCUCAGGUGAUCACAAGACCCUCAAACUGUCACUGCAAGUGUAGUUCACAUCACAAACUUGCAUCCUACAUCGACCCCAUUGGUCACCAUGAAGGGUAAGUGCAGACGUUAUGGAGCAGAAAGAUAAAAUGUUGAUGUCAAAUCUAAUUUGGCUUCUCUGUUUCUUGCAGUUAUUGCUGCUUUGGUUUUGUUGCUGCUGAAUGUGCAUUUGAGUCAGUGUUGUUAUGGAGAGGGACAGAUUUUAUUCUGCCUGGACAUACCACAAGGUAAG